AUGUUGGAAGCACGAUUGGAGCAAGCCGCCAUCCUCAAGAAGGUUGUCGAUGCGAUCAAGGACCUGGUCCAGGACUGCAACUUUGACUGCAAUGACUCGGGCAUUGCCCUGCAGGCCAUGGACAACAGCCACGUCGCGCUUGUCUCCAUGAUGCUGAAGGCUGAGGGCUUCUCCCCCUACCGAUGCGACCGCAACAUCGCCCUCGGCGUCAACCUGACCUCCCUGACCAAGGUCCUGCGCGCGGCCCAGAACGAGGACAUCCUGACCCUCAAGGCCGAGGACGCGCCCGACAGCCUCAACCUCGUCUUCGAGAGCUCCGAGAACGACCGUAUCUCCGAGUAUGACCUCAAGUUGAUGGACAUUGACCAGGAGCACCUGGGUAUCCCCGAGACCGAGUACGCUGCUACCAUUGCCAUGCCCAGCUCCGAGUUCAGGCGCAUCUGCACCGACCUGCUGGCCAUGUCUGAGUCUGUUACGAUCGAGGCGAGCAAGGACGGCAUCAAGUUCUCCUGCAACGGUGACAUCGGUAAUGGCUCUGUCACCCUGCGAUCGCACACCAACGUCGAGAAGCCUGCCGAGAACAUUGACAUUGAGCUUACUGAGCCCGUGUCUCUGACUUUCUCCCUCAAGUACCUCGUCAACUUCUGCAAGGCCGCCGGCCUGUCCAACCAGGUCAAGAUCUGCCUGUCCAACGAGGUUCCCCUGCUGGUCGAGUACACCCUGUCUGGCAACAGCUACCUGCGGUUCUACCUCGCCCCCAAGAUCGGCGAUGACGAUCUUUGCUUCUACCAGCCCGGCACUUACCUUUUCCCAUCCCACAUCGGUCGAGACCCGGCCCCUGUCCACACAGAUGAGCGCCGAGCCCGCGGUGCCGGAAACCCGCGUCCUGGCGGUCGCAAGCCAUACCGCAGGUUGUCUCUGGGCAACCACACGGGCUACAAGCAGUGGAAGGGCACGCGCGUCUCGGCGCAGGAGAUCUCGGACCUCUGGGAGGGCCUCAAGAUGUCGUACCUCGACGACUUUGACAUGAUGCUCUCGGGCUACGUCCCCGGCGCCCCGGCGCUCGAGGCCGUGGGCCGCAUCGCCGAGGAGCUGCGGGCCCGGGCGCGCGACCGGCCCGGCAGCUUCUUCUGGGUGCUCGACCCGGUCAUGGGCGACAACGGGAACCUGUACGUCGGGCCGGACGUGGUGCCCGCGUACAAGAAGCUGCUCGUGCACGCGGACCUGAUCCUGCCGAACCAGUUCGAGGCAGAGUGGGUUUUCCCUUCACACCCCCCACUCCUCUCGGGCGUGAGGAUAGACAGCAUGGCCACGCUCCACCGCGCCAUCGACGCCAUCCACGAGACGUACCGCGUGCCGCACGUCGUCAUCACCUCGGUCAACCUCGCCCACGACGACCACCCGCCCCAGUCGCUGUCGGUCGUCGGCUCGAGCAUGACCUCGGCGGGCAAGUCGCGCGCCUUCAAGAUCGUCUUCCCCGCCAUCGACUGCUACUUCUCCGGCACGGGCGACAUGUUCGCCGCGCUCAUGGUCGCGCGCAUGCGCGAGGCCGUCUGGGCGGCGGCCGCCUCGACGGACGGGGAGGGGGACGGGGAGGGUGAGGCGCUGCGGCGGAGGCACAGCUGGCUCAGCGGCGACGGGGUGGACGCGCUGGACCUGCCGCUGGCCAAGGCGGCGGAGAAGGUGCUGGCCAGCAUGCACGAGGUGCUGGAGAAGACGGCCGAGGCGAUGGGCAGGGAGAUGAAGGCUGUCAGGGCGGCGGCGGCGGCGGAGAGUGGCGGCGGUAGCCCUGAGGACGAGGCCAAGAGGAUGCACCUGCUGCAGUCGCGGGCGGCGGAGCUGAGGCUCGUGCGCAACCUGGAGUCGUUGAGGAGUCCCAAGGUCGAGUUUCGGGCGAGGAGGAUGUAA